ACCGGUGGCGAGGAGGAGAGAGCAGAAGGCCUGGUAUGCAGCAGGCCCGGCCCAGGAAUCAGUGGAGCCGCUCAGCUUGGCACGGCCGCCUUGUUUAUUUGCCCUGACCUCGCGUUCGCUCCCGAGGUUACGGGACCUGCUUUACUGAAAGGAGCCAUUGUCCUGCAGGAAAAAUCUGUUACAAAUAUUUACCAUGAGGGGAAUGCAAAGCCAUGGCCCGCAGCCAGCCAGACUCGAGCAGUAAAAUUCACGACAUUGCAUUUUUGAAUUAUCCACCUCCACCCAUCAUUCCUUUUAACCAGGGUUCAAAUUAUACCCCCACCAUUUUGUUAAUGAGAUCACACUGUCACAGGUUAUUAGUCAUUUAAUAGCCUUGACUUCAGGAUCUUAUGAUUUCCUGCAGCCCAAAUUCAUCCCAUAACUUAACAUUUUAACAGAGCUUACAGCAUGUGUACAGGGACACAGUGUGGUUAUACAUUUAAUGACUUUGGUUGGUCUGAGCAUUAGCAAAAUUGUAAUUCCCCUCAACUCAUAUAUAUUCUCAGCAAAUGCACACUAAUUUGCUUCCCUGGCCUCUAGUUUGUGUACGACGACAUAUUUAACUACCCCGCCUAUGUUUUUCUUGCAGAAAAAUCUGGAGCACAUCCCCGCACUACAUUUCUUAUUCCACAGGGUCCCCCUGUUAGAAUAAGCAGAAGAAGAAUGUCAUCUGGACUCUGAAGUACUCCUGAACCUCUACUGUCAAGGCUGAAAUCAAGGUGACGAGCCACAGCUGGAAUGCCCUGGAAAAACAUACCCAGAAGUGGUUACGAUGGGGAAGAAAUCCUCGAAAGCCAAUGGCCCCAGGGGGAGCCAAGGGCGCAAGUAUGAAGUUCCCCUUGCAAGACAAGUCCAGGCUCCAGAAAUGGGUAGACAACAUGAAGCGGGAGGAGUGGACCCCUAGUCGACAUCAGUACCUGUGCAGCGAGCAUUUUAAAGAGGACUGCUUUGAUAUUCGAUGGGGAAUCCGCUACUUGAAGAACACAGCCAUCCCAACCCUAUUUCCCUCCUUUGAGGAUGAUGGAGAGAAAAAAGUCACCCCCAUUAAACAAAGCCCCAAGGCCAAACCCAGAACUUUAGACAUUGACAUUGAGUGCACAGGAGUUGACUCACCUCUCAGCAAGAGGCCGCUUAUUUUGGGCAGAACAUGCAAAAAGGUACAGUCAAGUUUAACAAACAGCUUUGUCUGUGAACACUCAGAGAUGAUAUUUGGACCACCUCUGUUGUCGGACACUGGCAUCUCCUGUCAUUCAAAUCUCUCAUCAGAGAUACAGACUGCCGCUUGUGAGAUGCCAGGCGACAGCGGAAUGCCAACAGCGUCUUGCAUCACAUUGUCCCCAUGCAGGGAGCCCCAUGCUGAAGAAAAGGCUGACUCGAUUGUUACAGUUUUGUGCUGUGAGUCAGUGGGCUCUUUCUCGGAUGGAGGGGAAAACUUGGAGGCAGCAAUGGGCCAGGCUUUUAGCUACGUCCCUGUAGAAUUGGUAAUGGAUGGACCUAAAGCCUCUUUUUUGGAGGAUAGGGGACCCAGCGAUGGAGAGCACAUUUAUGUUUACGAGCACUCGUACUGCAGACCGGACACUGACAAAGAUCAGCUUUGGCGGAGGAUCUUGAGUUUGCAUGCAAAGAUCUUGGGACUGGAUCGCAGGGAGGAGAGCACUUUGGCCAAAAUCCGUGCUCUGGAGAGCGAGGUAGCCGUCCUGAAAAAAGAUGGUUCUGUUUUUAAAGAGAAGCAGAAAAUUUUAGAAGAUUAUAUAUCAUCCAUGUUGCUCUGAUUUUGCGGGCUAUGGACGCUGUAAUGAGACUGUUGGUGUCUAUGGAUUUUAAAUGUUACCAUUGAGUCUCUUUUGCUAAUAUGUUGCACAGGCUCGCUCCCAUACGUAAAGCACAUCGACACAGUCUUAUUAAACUUUAUUGUAACUCAGUGCCCCGCAAAAUUGCACUCAUAUCCAUAUUACAAUAGGCCUUUUUUCACUGCGGACAUUUUGACAUGUCAAAGUAAAAGCACAUUUGUUUAAAACAUAAAACCAAUAAGGACUAAAUUUCAUUUAGCUACUUUUGUGCAUAUUGUCACACUGCUAGUGCGCUUCUCCCACUGCAUGACAAGUAUAAACGUCUGCUGUAAAAAAAAAGGCCUAUUGUAAAUGUUUUAGUCCACACUGUGGCACUGUGUGACCAUAUUUCCAGGAAGUGUUUCAAAGCUUCACUCAAGCAUUGAUUUCCAGCAGUUUGUUCAGUAGGAGAAAAGGAGUUAGAUAUGUAAGUGGCAUGUGUCAUCAGGAAGCGGCAUGUCUCGGCAUGUGCCACUCCAUAGACGUAAAAUAUAACUUUUAACAUUCUGAUACUUUUAACAUGCCACUGAUCAAUUAGACGUAAAAUAAAAUUUUAAUAUCUACACCCAAGUGA